AUGGAGGCCUUCCAAACUGCGACGAACAGAGCCCCGAUAGUAGAAAGAUCCGUCCCCGUUGCCAUCCCGCCAGAACUAGAGACACCCGGGGGUUCCCUUUUCUUGAGUAACCUCGAUCAAUUGUUUGUUGCUUUGGUGCCGGUGGUUUAUUUCUUUGACAGAAGCGCCGCCAGCACUGUAGAUGUGAUUAAGCGAGCUUUGUCCAAAGUUUUGGUCCCUUACUUUCCAGUUGCAGGGAGAUUAGCUAAAAACUCUCAAGGGAAGUUCACUGUUGAUUGCGCAAAGAAGUUAGGAGUGCCAUUUGUGGAGGCAUGGGCCAAUUUCGACGUCAAACAUCUGGGCGAUAUGCAACUUAUCGAUCCUGAUGUUUCACGAAAGCUUAUUUAUACAGAUCCUAUUGAAACUAAGCUAGAAGAUGCACCCCUUUUAACAGCACAAGUGACGAAGUUUAGAUGUGGAGGUUUCACCAUAGGGAUCCUAUGUAAUCACCGCAUCUUCGAUGGUGUCUCGGCAAUGAAUUUCAUGAACUCAUGGGCUGAAAUAGCAAGGGGUAAACCUGUAUCUAUCAUCCCCAGCCAUGAAAGAACUCUUCUGAAGUCAAGGGUUCCUCCUCAAAUUACCGCUGCCUACGAGGUCUUUGUUCCCGUGAGUGAUGUAUCAAACUUGACGGGGUUAUACAAGGAAGAGCAAAAUGUGCAAAGAUCUUUCCACUUCAACGGUGAGAAGUUGGCGAUCCUUAAAAAAAUGGCAACAGCCGAUGGACGGGUGACGAGCAGCAUCUCCAGCUUCAUAGCGCUUGCCGCCCUUCCGUGGCGAGCUCGAAGCAUGGCAUCGAAGAUGAAACAGCACCAACCGUCAAAGCUGUUUUUUGCAGUUGAUCGCAGAGCUAUGCUGAAAGUGCCCAAGCAUUUCGGGAAUGCUACGGCCGGAGCAUGCUUGUCUCGCCUGCGGGGGGAGUUGAUCAAUCAGCCAAUCUCCUCCACCGCGGAGAGAAUAAAGAAAGCGACCGAGAGGGUGGAUGAGGAGUACGUGCGGUCGUGGAUAGACUCCUUUGAAAUGUAUGGAAUGGAUGCUUUCUCAUUGAGUUUGCUAGUGUUGACUUCAUGGCAAAGGUUAGAUUAUGGCUCCACGGACUUUGGAUGGGGAAACCCGAGGCAAUUUGGCUGCGGUCCCCUGCUAGAGAACACUUGUGUGGUUUUGCCAAAAGGGAGUGGGAGGAAGGGCCUUGUGCUGAUGUUGAGUUUGCCAUUUUCGGCCAUGAACACCUUCGAGAAGCUGCUCCAAUUCUCAACUUGCGAACCGGAGACACCUUCCUUGAGAUCUAGAGCUCGUAUGUGA